AUGAGUGAAACCUCGCUUUGGCGCUCAUUUUUCAAUGUGCUACUCAUUGAGCUUACCACUACCGGUAACAACCUCAAGAAUUUGUCAACGACUGGCUCCGUUGACCUCCUUGCAUCAGUUGGAAACACUCCGCUGCUGGAGCUCACCACACUCUCUCGUCUAACGGGAUGCAAGUUGCUAGCCAAAGCUGAGUACGCCAAUUCAAGCGGAAGCUUCAAGGAUCGAGUGGCCAAGUCGCUUAUCCUUGACGCCGAAGAACGUGGAUUGAUCAAACCUGGAGGCACGAUUAUUGAAGCUACUGGAGGUAGUACGGGUAUCUCGCUCGCUCUGCUUGGAGCGUCUCGCGGCUACAAGACGCUGCUGACGAUGCCGGACAUUAUCGCGAAAGAGAAGAUCCAGAUGAUGAAGACUAUGGGUGCUGAGGUCCGUGUGCUGCCUACGACCUCGAUGGAUGACAAGCAGAACAACUUCUUCCAUGUCGCUCAACACCUUGCAAAGGAGAUGCCGAACGCGUACUGUCCCAACCAGUUUGACAAUCUCGCGAACAUGCGAGCUCACUAUGAGGGCACAGCCCCGGAAAUCUGGGAACAGGUCGGAGGGGAGAUCGACGGAUUCGUCUCGUCGGCAGGGACGUCAGGGACCAUCGCCGGAAUGUCGACGUUCUUCAAGGAGAAGAACCCGGAUGUGAAGGUGUGGGUCAUCGAUCCUGCCGAGAUCGCGUGCACAGCUAUGUUCAUCAACAAUGACCGAGCUUCGGGGAUCACCAAGGAUGGCUACGAGAUGCUGCCUGUAGUAAAAGGAUCAUCCAUCGCAGAAGGGGUGGCAGCACUAGCCCGUGUAACAAGCAACCUACGCGAAGCAAUCAUCGACAAAGGCGUCACCGGCACGAACCAAGAGAUUGUCGACAUGGCCUAUCUCUUGUUGCGGCAUGAUGGUAUCUUCGUUGGUCCAAGCAGUAGCAAGCUGUAUAACGACGAGUGGCUCAAGGAGCAUAAUAUGCUGUCGCACGCGAACAACACCUUUGCGACACUGGAGUUUGUGGGAGAUCUGGAGUUCCCCACUGCCAUUUAA